ACUCAUUAUCUUCUUCCACCACUCCAAAAAAAUCUGACACUCUUUACCUUUACCCCACCGUUCAUGGCAAACAUGGCCUAUGUGACGUACAUCAUGUCACGGACAAAGUAAUCCUGAAACCACCUUAAUCCCAACCUUUCCCCAGUCUUCUGGUUUCCCUUUUCCGUGAAUUCUUUGAGUUUUUCAUUUACCCAAUUUCCUCUCCAUUUCUUUCACGGAGCUUUGCCGUGAAAUGGAGGCUGCGGUGGAAGUUGAUGAGGAGGCCAAUGGAGGUGGCGGGGCUGGGAAUCUUCAGUACAAUCGCCGCCGGCGCCAGAGACAGCGUCGGCGCAGGCCGUCUUUGGCUGCGAGCAGCGAGACUACCACCGACGGGAGCUUCCGCUUCACGGACUCGGACUCGGACCAGUCCUGGGCGUCGGCCGCCGGCGGGCCCUACGAGGAAUGCCGGUUUUCCGCGGCGGCUGAGCGGCUGAGGCAUAGCCGGAGAAACGCUUUCUCGGUGCCGGGGUGGGUGUCGGACGACGAGAUCGACUUGGAGAGCGGUGAAUUGGAGCUGAAGUUAGUGGGUAAGGAGGAGGAGGAGGAGACGAGGGAUUGUAGGAUUUGCCGUCUAAGCUUGUCUGGAAGCGGCGGCAUCGGCGGCGACGGCGAGCUCGAGCCCUCCUCCGGCGUCUCCAUUGAAUUGGGGUGCUCUUGUAGAGGUGAUUUGGGCACUGCCCACAAACAGUGUGCCGAAACUUGGUUUAAGAUCAGAGGAAACACAACAUGUGAAAUCUGUGGUGAGACUGCAGUCAAUAUCGCCGGGGAGCAGACAACCGAAGAAAAUGAAACUAGCGGUGGAGCAGCUCUAACAGCACCAACAUUCGUCCCCGAGACCCAACGCUUUUGGAAUGGUCGCCGCGUCAUGAACUUUCUACUUGCCUCUAUGAUCCUUGCCUUUGUCAUCUCAUGGCUCUUUCACUUCAACAUUCUCCCUUGAAGAGGGUGGGUGCCACAAGCUCAUAGCUUCUCUUUUUAAAAGCAAGUCCAAAUUAAAGAUAGCUCAUUCACAUCAAGUUUCAAGCUCAUUCCUUUGGGAUGAUGUUUUGUUCUUCUGAACUGGAGACACAGAUUAGUUUGUUGUACAUAAAGAAGAGCCUUUUUCUUGAAGAUCCUGUAAAUGGUUACUACUCCUUUGCUCUCUUGCUAAUUAAGCAUUGCAUGUGACAAAGAAUCUGUGAUUUAGUCAUCUCUUUAGGGCCCCAUGAGGGAGAGAGAUUGACAGGUGACCAAACCUGACAUGUCUCAUUAUGAUUAUAUAUGCUCUUUGUUCCCAACAUAUGGCAUAAUGCUUCAAUGAGUCAUUGCUUGAUUUUCUUCCAAGGAAUCUUCUUCAUCUUCAGCAAGCAAUGAGUCUUGGGAUUAAUCAAUCAUUAUGCACCUCUCCAUUGCAGGGUUGUUGUCUAUGGUUGAUGCCAAUGUCAAUUGUGAACUCUUGAGAGUGUUGUCAGGGUUGUUGUUAAUGCACUAGCAUUUUGUGUCAGUGUAAAUCAUCAAAAUGUUAGUGUAUACUUUUGGUGUAAUUUUGAGUGCACUUUUUGGAGUAAGUGUACCAUGGUUGAACAAAAUUUGUUCAAGUUGUCUUAUUUUUAGGACGAACCAAACUCAAAGCAUUGAUGAAUAUUUUUCUUUACUGUGGCAACAAAUGUCGGAUAAUGUU